AUGCACGGAACCCCCAGAGGAGGGAUGGAUCCUCGGCUGUCCCCUGUGGACAGGCGGUUGCUCCUGGUCUUCAGCUUUAUUCUGGCAACAGCUCUGGGCCAAAUGAAUUUCACAGGAGACCAAGUUCUUCGAAUCCUGGCCAAAGAUGAGAAGGAGCUUUCACUUCUCAGGGACCUGGAGGGCCUGCAGCCCCAGAAGGUGGACUUCUGGCGUGUCCCAGCCAGACCCAGCCUCCCCGUGGAUAUGAGAGUUCCUUUCUCUGAACUGAAAGACGUCAAAGCUUAUCUGGAGUCUCAUGGCCUUGCUUACAGCAUCAUGAUAAAGGACAUCCAGGUGCUGCUGGAUGAGGAGAGAGAAGCCAUGGCGAAAUCCCGCCGGCUGGAGCGCAGCACCAGUAGCUUCAGUUUCUCCUCUUACCACACCCUGGAGGAGAUAUAUAGCUGGAUGGACAACUUUGUAACUGAGCAUUCAGAUAUUGUCUCAAAAAUUCAGAUUGGCAGCAGCUUUGAAAAUCGGUCCAUUCUGGUCCUGAAGUUCAGCACUGGAGGUUCUCAGCGCCCAGCCAUCUGGAUUGACACUGGCAUUCACUCCCGGGAAUGGAUCACUCAUGCCACCGGUCUCUGGACUGCCAAGGAGAUUGUCAGUGAAUACGGCAAAGACCACAUCCUGACAGACAUACUGAAAGCCAUGGACAUCUUCAUAGAGCUCGUCACCAACCCUGAUGGGUUUGCUUUUACCCACAGCAUGAACCGCUUGUGGCGGAAGAACAAGUCCACCAGACCUGGAGUCUUCUGCAUUGGUGUGGAUCUCAACAGGAACUGGAAGUCAGGCUUUGGAGGAAAUGGCUCUAACAACAAUCCCUGCUCAGAGACUUACCGCGGGCCCUCCCCUCAGUCGGAGCCAGAAGUGGCUGCCAUUGUGGACUUCAUCUCAGCCCAUGGGAACUUCAAGGCUCUGAUCUCCAUCCACAGCUACUCUCAGAUGCUCAUGUACCCUUACGGGUGCUCGCUGGAGCCUGUUCUAAACCAGAUAGAGCUGUACAGUCUUGCCAAGGAUGCAGUGAAGGCCCUGUAUGAGGUCCACGGGAUCAAGUACAUUUUUGGCAGCAUCAGCACCACCCUCUAUGUGGCCAGUGGGAUCACCGUUGACUGGGCCUACGACAAUGGUAUCAAGUAUGCCUUCAGCUUUGAGCUCCGGGACACCGGCCGCUAUGGCUUCCUACUGCCGGCCACGCAGAUCAUCCCCACGGCCCAGGAGACGUGGAUGGCGAUUCGGACCAUCAUGGAACAUGUCCUGAAUCACCCCUAUUAG